CUGAAUCCGGCCCACAUCGUUCAUUGUCAUUGUCGUUCCGGACGAGGUACCCCCAGCUGGAUCGCACGCUUCAUAGGCACGGAAAGAGAACUAUAAAGAAAAAUCCACAAGCCUUUUUUUAAUCGUCGCUGCUAUGUGUCAACGCACCAUCUGUCGAGACUGUGGCAAGUUCACUUGGACAGGUUGCGGUCUCCACAUAACCGAGGUCCUUGCAGGUCUACCGCUCGAGCAGAUUUGUUCCUGCGAUGAUGAUCGCGACAGUGAACAUCCCUGGACAACUUUGAAGAACCAAAGCGCUGCCGAACAUCCGACUCCACAAUACCCAGCAACAGGAGCAACAAUAUCGGCAUUUAUACAGCCAAGAAAAGAUCCCACUGGUCAUUGCGCCGACCCCUCGCCCAUCGAGUACAAGCUGUCCAAGAUCUCCUCCGCAACCGCAGACGCCGCCGCGAGCAGGAUGGCACAGCAAGCUGCAGCACUGGAAGAGCUGAGGAGACUCAAGCGGAAAGAGGAACAGGAGCUCAAAGACGUCAAUGAAAGUGCACUGAAAAGGCUUCUACACGGCCUCUCGGAGACCACUGAGGAGUCAGGGAACGUUGAUUGACCCGACAUUUUUUCUUUUUAGUCUUUCUUGUUGCGAUGGGGCGAUAUUUCUGGCAAUGCUGGCGAUGCUUACAAGAAGCACGAUUGUUAACAUUCUUUUGUUCUUAUUUUCUUGUUACCUCUAUUGAAUAUUGUACAAAAAAUAAAAAAAGAGUAUAUACAGACUGAA